CUUCAUAAGUUUUUCCUGUGCUAUAAGUAACAUGAUAGAGAAAGUCCCUUCUUUCAAAGAAGGUGGAGCAUUUUGGUUUACUGAUUUGACAACUCCUGACGAGCUUUACAUCCUCCCAGUGUUGAUAUCAAUGGCAUUCGCUGCGGAUGAGAUCAAUAUAAAAGCAAGCAGAAGUCCUAUCCGGCAAAACAUAAAGAUUGCGAACAGAGUACUGGCAGUUUUGAUUGGACCAUUAUCAAUGAGCUUUUGCAAGGCACAUUUCUUCUACUGGGUGCCAUGGACCUUGUUUUCUCUUGCGUGUAGAUUUGCUUUCCGGAAUCCAGCCGUAAGGCAAUACAUGAAUCUUUCUCCAGUCGUACCACGGCAUGUACCUGCUGUGCAAGUGCCGACCUCCAAGGGGCCAAAGCCAAUUUCCACAUUUGAUUCAUCGCCUGCAGUUAAUGGAUCUGAGCAGUCUAGUUCUGAGCCUAGGGACAAGAGUGUAGGCAUUGAGAAGAAGCGGCGAACCCCUAGUGUAAUAACUAUCAGAGUGCGAGAGUAA